AUGGUGUCAAGGAGUAAAGCAAACUCGAAAAAAUCCGCGUCACACGGACAUUCACAUGGUGUGGGUGGAUCAGCAGGGCAUAAUACACACUCAUCAGGCUCGGGUGGGAGGGAUAAAGGAAAGUACAGAUAUCGCGUUGAGAUCGAGCAAAUGAUGUUUGUUAGUGGGGAGCUGAACGAUCCUCCAGAGGCAACAACAGAAUUGAUCGAGGACAUUGUUCGAGAUCAAGUGGUACAACUUAUUCUGAGAGCGCAGAAAACAGCAAAUGCAAGAGGUCAAAGAGCAAUCUCACCAGAGGAUGUGAUAUUCAUGAUCAGGCAUGAUCGGGCAAAAGUGAAUCGAUUGAGAACGUACUUAUCGUGGAAAGAUGUUCGAAAGAAUGCCAGAGAGCAGGAAAACGGAGAUAUUACCUCUGGCAACGAUAUUAUAGAUGGAAAUGGUGCUAAUGGAUCAACCGUUCAUAACAAUGACGGAUCUUCGGCAAAUGGAGGAAAUCAGGGCGGUGGAGCAUCUGGUGUAGACAAGCAAGCAAUUAUUAAGCAGAAGAAAUCGCUGCGACUGCCCUGGGAGCUUGAAUUCAUGUUUAGUGAGCAGCCUUUAUACCACGGAGAUGAAGUGUAUGACGAUGUUGAUGAAGAUGAACGUGAGGCUUUAAGAGCACAGAUGAAGAGAUUAAAGCAGAACGAUGACAGGACCAAAUACAUGACCAAGAAGGAAUACGUUCACUGGUCUGAGUGUCGACAGGCCAGCUUUACAUUCAGAAAGGCAAAGAGAUUUAGAGAGUGGUGCGGAAUGUCGCAGAUAUCCGAAAGCAGACCGAAUGACGACGUUAUAGACAUACUAGGGUUUCUCACAUUUGAACUGGUUUGCACAAUAACUGAGGAGGCACUGAAAGUGAAGAAAGCACUGGGAGAUUUUAAAGGAGCGGGUCCAGCAACGAAAAGACGUAAAGUAAGGCAUAUUUUCGAUAAGCCGGAGGAAGAUUCGACUCCUAUUCAGGCAAUCCACAUUCAGGAGGCAUGGAGAUACAUGCAAAAGACCACUGCUGGAUCAAAGGCACUAUACAACUUUAGGGGAGGAAGAAUUAAGAGCCAAUCACAGAUGAUAUGA